UCACUGUCGGCAGGGAGGGGCGGUCUGUCUCCGCCGCGCUGAGCAUCACUGAGAGAGUGAAAUUAGCAGAAUCUGAUCCAGCAGAGAGCGAGCGGCGCGCCUGGAACAGAAAACAAUGGCAUCAAAAUGUCCAAAAUGUGACAAAACGGUGUAUUUUGCGGAGAAAGUGACGUCUCUGGGGAAAGACUGGCACAAGUUCUGUCUGAAGUGUGAGCGCUGCAGCAAGACCCUAAAUCCUGGAGGACACGCCGAGCAUGAUGGAAAGCCGUACUGCCACAAGCCGUGCUACGCUGCCCUCUAUGGGCCCAAAGGUGUGAAUAUCGGUGGUGCUGGAUCGUAUGUGUAUGAGACCCCUGCGGGUGAUGCCCCUGCAAGUUCUGGUUCAGAACCGGACCCCAAACCUGAGGAGAAGAAAUCAGCUCCUCCAACCCGGGGUCCAAUUAAGGCUGCAAGCUUCUCAUCUUUUUCUGGACAACCAAAUAUCUGCCCACGCUGCAGCAAGACAGUGUAUUUCGCUGAAAAGGUGUCGUCCCUGGGUAAAGACUGGCACAGGCCGUGUCUGCGCUGUGAGCGCUGCAGUAAGACUCUGGCCCCGGGGAGCCAUGCUGAGCAUGAUGGACAGCCGUACUGCCAUAAACCGUGCUAUGCUGUUCUCUUUGGACCAAAAGGAGUCAACACUGGAGGAAUGGGGAGCUACAUCUACGAAGAGCCAAGUGCCGAUAACCAGCCCUGAACCUGCGGCACCAGAUGAACCCUACUUAUCCAGCUUCCUCAUCUAGUUUAAACCAGUUUUAUCCUCCUUAUCUCGAAUGUGUAGAACUAACUCAUCUAACAUGUGCCAAUCUCAUUCACUAAUAAGCAUUAACACGAGCUUAGCCUUGCCAUGUUUAUAUACUUUGUACUUUUUUAAACUAGAAGACCUGGUGUGUAGUCCACUCUGCUGGGGAUGAACAGUAUUAUUUAUCUCGGUCUCUAUGAUGUUUUCUAAUGAUUAACACCUGUAGCUAUGUUAGUUGUGACUGAGGUUCUGAGGCUUUUUUAGCCCUCUUAUUUAUUAUUUAUUGUGCCUGUUUUCUAUUGGUUAACUGCACCCACUUGCCUGUUGAUGUCACAGAGUUUUGUAUAUUAAAAAGGUUAGAGAUUG